CCGUCGGCGCGCGGGGCUAGAGCUCUAGGAGAAGUGGGAUCGCGAGGCCGGUGCGCGGCGCUCUGCACGGUCAAAGGGAGCGCCGGGCGGCAGCGGCGGCAGCAGAGGAGCAGCAGCAGCCCCCGGCGCGGCCGCCGCCUCCGCGCAGCCAGCAAUCGGGGCUGCAGCCUCCGAAGGGAGGCCGGGGGAGCCGGCGUGCGCACUUUCCCGCAGACUUUCGGAGUGUUUGUGGAUUUACAUGCCAAGCCAUCAAGAUGAUGUCUAUGAACAGCAAGCAACCUCACUUUGCCAUGCAUCCCACCCUCCCUGAGCACAAGUACCCGUCGCUGCACUCCAGCUCUGAGGCCAUCCGGCGGGCCUGCCUGCCCACGCCGCCGCUGCAGAGCAACCUCUUCGCCAGCCUAGACGAAACGCUGCUGGCGCGGGCAGAGGCGCUGGCGGCUGUGGACAUCGCCGUGUCCCAGGGCAAGAGCCACCCAUUCAAGCCAGACGCCACGUACCACACGAUGAACAGCGUGCCAUGCACGUCCACGUCCACCGUGCCUCUGGCGCACCACCACCACCACCACCAUCACCACCAGGCGCUCGAGCCUGGCGACCUGCUGGACCAUAUUUCGUCGCCCUCGCUCGCGCUCAUGGCCGGCGCGGGUGGCGCGGGCGCGGCGGGCGGCGGCGGCGGCGCCCACGACGGCCCGGGGGGCGGCGGCGGCCCGGGGGGCGGCGGCGGCCCGGGCGGCGGCGGCCCCGGGGGCGGCGGCGGCGGUGGCCCGGGGGGCGGCGGCGGCGGCCCGGGCGGCGGGCUGCUAGGCGGCUCCGCGCACCCGCAUCCGCACAUGCACGGCCUGGGCCACCUGUCGCACCCGGCGGCGGCGGCCGCCAUGAACAUGCCGUCGGGUCUGCCGCACCCCGGGCUGGUGGCGGCGGCGGCGCACCACGGCGCGGCGGCUGCGGCGGCGGCGGCAGCGGCGGGGCAGGUGGCGGCGGCCUCAGCGGCUGCGGCCGUGGUGGGCGCGGCGGGCCUGGCGUCCAUCUGCGACUCGGACACGGACCCGCGCGAGCUCGAGGCAUUCGCCGAGCGUUUCAAGCAGAGGCGCAUCAAGCUGGGCGUGACGCAGGCCGACGUGGGCUCGGCGCUGGCCAACCUCAAGAUCCCGGGCGUGGGCUCGCUCAGCCAGAGCACCAUCUGCAGGUUCGAGUCGCUCACGCUCUCGCACAACAACAUGAUCGCGCUCAAGCCCAUCCUGCAGGCGUGGCUCGAGGAGGCCGAGGGCGCGCAGCGCGAGAAAAUGAACAAGCCGGAGCUCUUCAACGGCGGCGAGAAGAAGCGCAAGCGGACUUCCAUCGCAGCGCCGGAGAAGCGCUCCCUCGAGGCCUACUUCGCCGUACAACCCCGGCCCUCCUCCGAGAAGAUCGCCGCCAUCGCCGAGAAACUGGACCUCAAAAAGAACGUGGUGCGGGUGUGGUUUUGCAACCAGAGACAGAAGCAGAAGCGGAUGAAAUUCUCCGCCACUUACUGAUGGGGAGUGGGAGGUGCAGGGCGGGGCAGAGUGGGGAGCUGAAGGGGCUUUUCGGGGCCUUUCCCCGAGCCUGUUUUCCUCUAGAUUUGGAGUGUCCGUUAUCUUGCUUGCAUUUGGGGAGUCCCUCCUAGCGCACUCUCCUCUACCCCCCCUCUCUGCUCUCCCUGCCCUUUCUCCUCCCCAGAAAAGAGGACUGCGGUGCUGGGUACGGAUGCGGGAGAGCCAGGCAGGGGAGAAAGAGGGAAUAUUUGGGUGAGCGGGGAGUCAAGGGAAAGGAAAGCAGAGAUUGGAGGAGGGGUUUUGAGGAGCAGAUUGGUUCUGGGGGUUAGGGUGGGGGGAGACUCGGGAAGUCUAGGGAAAUGGACUGUUUUUGACCAGAGACACUUGUCAAAAUCUCCUGGGGACGAAGGGACUAUGUACAAAAACAAACCUACCAACCACCAAAAACCAGACAAAUAAAGACAAACUAAAACAAAACAACAAAAAGAAAAAAAAAACGCUUUAGAAACUUAACUCUGGGGAACCAUGUUCUGCAGCUUCAUUACUCCCUAAGGAAAAGAGAAAAAGAGCACCACUAUUAUUACCACCCACCCCAACCCUACAUACAUAAACUGAGUUAAAAUCGAAAACCAAACAAACCAGAAGGCGAAAUUCUGGGUAGCAAAGCUAGUUGUUCUGUGUUCACUGUCCCCCCCCCUCAAGUCUCACUUCCACCCCAUCCGUGUCCUCUUUAUUUUAUCCAUUCCAAUGAGACUCCUAUAGCUGCUCUCCAUUGCCAGAAAAUGGGGGGUGGGCACAGCAAGGAGAGGGAGGCUAUUCAGGAGUCCCACAUUUUCGGGUGACCUGGCCUAUAUUCCUGUGGUCUGGUCAUGUCUGGUGGGGAUGUUUAGGGAGAGAGAGACACACAAUCUGAGCUGACUAAAAGGCAGAAUUUAGGGUCUCUGAAAUAAAUAUUUUAUUCUAGGAUAAUAAAACAAUUUAACAAGGUUUUUCUCCUUUCAUUUUUGCUUAUAUCUAAGAUCUGGAAAACAGAUUAUUUUGAAAUUUCUCCCCCCACCCCUGUGCCCAUGGAACUUGCUUGCCCUUUCAUUUAUUUUUCUGAGUGUGGUUUAUUUUAAACUACCUACUGACUUUUCCCCCUAUUGAUUCAAAUACACUGAUGGGGUGGAAGACACUAGGAAAGGUACUGUGCCCCAUUUUCUCUCUAGAACAAGACCCAUCUUGCUCUCCUAGGUACCCUUUCUUUCUCUCUUGAAGACCAUGAAAUCGUUCUGGAAAUACUGGAAAGUUUCUGCUUUCAGUUGGAGCAGGACUUGGCUGGGAGAAAAAUCAGCUAAAUCCCAGGAGAGAGGAAGGCAGGUUUAAAGCCCUCCGUUUGUUUCAAAGGGUCUGCAUGUUGGGGGGGAAGCAGAACAACUGUGUUUCAUUAUUAUUAUUAUUAUUAUUAUUCAAAAGUAAUUUAUUGCUGGGGAUAAAUGUUGGGUAGCAAGAACUUUAAUUUGCACUAUCAGUCUCCCAAAUAGAAAAUCAUGUAUAGUAUUUCAUAGUAAUAAUCAAGGUACUCUCUGAACUGCUGAUGGUUAAAAACAAAAACAAGACAGCUGAAGGUGGUUAGGUAAAAUGCCUGCUUGGUGCAUAAGAUACUCUUUUGAUCUCUUGUGGAGAUGGUUUAUCACCAUCCUUUAAUAAGAACUAAAAAAUUGAAAACAGAACAAAUGAGAAAAGGAAAACUCUGCCAUUUAACAAGACUGAAAUCAUGCAUGAUCUGAAAGGUGCAGAAAGAAACACAAUUAGGUCUCACUCUGGUUAGGCAUUAUUUAUUUAAUUACGUUGUAUAUCAUUGUUUGCAGCGCAAACAUACUAUGCAUUUGAAACUGAGCACUAAACUGGGCUAGCUUUCUGAUAGACCGUUUUGUGGAUAGUGUGAUUUCACAGUCUACUGCCUGUUUUCACCGAAAACACAACAUUCUUGUCAUAUUCUUGUAUUUAGAGGAAGAGAACAAAAGGAAAAUUACUGUAAAUAUUUUCUUUAACGCACACACUCACACAAUGGUUACAAAACUGCCAGUGUUAAUCCUGAAAUGUCUCACGAUUGAUCUACCUGUCCAUGUAUGUCUGCUGAGCUUUCUCCUUGGUUAUGUCUUUGCUCUAAUACCUUUCCUCCUCCCCACUCCUAUUAGAACCAUUUCUGUGCGCCAAAAUACAACAGGGGGAUGUGUCCCAGUACGCUUACAAAUAAAACAUAACUGAAAGAAGAGCAGUUUUAUGAUUUGGGUGCAUUUUUGUUUAUACUGGGCCAAGUCCUGGUAGAGCCGGUCAAAAAAUGAGGUUCAACCACAAAUACAAGGGAGGAUAUUGAAAGGGGGAUAAAAAGUGAGGAAGGGGUGAGAAUGAUGUAUUUUUCUGCUGAAUCAGAAUUCACUUUCAGAUAACUCAUGUGAAAAGCGGUGCUCUGAAUAAAAUGAAUUCUAUAUUAGUUGCCUGUGUUUAUCAAUUUUUUUUUU